AUGAACGACCAGAUCAGCGACCUGCUGCCGAAGUUUUGCGAGAGGAUGAGCCUGGUUGAGGCAGAGAACGCACACGUGGAUUAUGUUGAACGGCAGCGGCGCUUGGAUCAGCUACAGCAGCAGUUGACCAAGGAGCAGAACGAGGUGGACGAGGCGCGAAAGCGGUUGAUCGACGACCAGGAGCGGUUGGACGAGCAGCGGCGGGACGAGCAGCAGCAGCGGUCGAUCAAGACGCAGGAGCAGCUGUUGGACGAGCAGGAGCAGCGGUUGGACGAGGAGCAGCAGCGGUUGGACGAGGAGCAGCAGUUGGACGAGGAGGAGCAGCGGUUGGAGGAGCAGGAGCAGCGGUUGAUUGAGAAGCAGGAGCAGUUAAACCAGGAGAAGAAGCGGUUGAAGGAGGAGCUUGAUACAGUAGCGAGAAGGCAGACAAAUGGCUCGGAGGAGCAUUAA